AUGAAUGAAUUAAAAGAAUUAAGUAAAAAAAUAAAAGAAAAUACAACUUUAAAAAAAGAAGAAAAAAAAAAUGAAGCAGAAAUAAAAAAUUUAUUUGAGAAUUUAUUCAGCAAUAAUUCAAUAAAUUAUAUAAGUUGUUUUUUAAAUAAGGCAAAUUCUAAUGAGAAAAGUAAUGAAAAUAUAAAAGAUGAAAUUAAGAAGAAUGUGGAUAAUGAAAAUUUAAGUAUAAAUAAAACAUGUAUAAGAAACGAAAAUAAUUUUGAAUCCGUAAAUUUUGCUCAAGAAGAUACACAAAUAGAUUUGAAAUUACAUAUAGAAAAAACAAAGAAAAGCAAAGAGAGUCUAGAAAGUGGCAUAUUGGAAAAUAAUAAUAUAGACCAUAUAGAUAUUAGAAAAGUAUUACAAAAUAAAAAAAAUAUUGAAUUUAAAGAUUUCAAUAAAUUAAUUGAUAGUUUUAAUGAAGAAAUAGAAAAGAGGAGUACAAAUCUUGAAAACUUAAUAAACAAAAAUAAAAUUAAAAAUGAUUAUAGUGAUCAAUUUUUAAUGUUAGAAAAAUUUAAUGCAGAAAUAAAGAAUUUUGAAAAAAAUUUAGAAGGAAAUGACAAUCUACAUAGAUUAUAUUUAAUUAGAAAAAAAAAAAAAAAGAAUUAUGACUCUUUAGUAUUUUUUAAAAACUUCUUUAAUUGUUUGAAAAAUUUUAUUUAUUUUUUAGAUAAAUCUGAAAAGAACUAUGAAAAAUUAAAAAUUUUUAAAUCAUUAAUUUAUUUAAGAAAUUGCAAAGAACAUAUUUUAUUAAUAAAAGUUAUCUUUAAAUAUUUAAAAAAAACGUAUAAUAACAAUAGUAGUUUAAAUGACAAUGAAAACAGGAAAAUUAUUGACGAAGAAAUAAGAAAAAAUGUUAAUAAAAAUAUUUUUAAAGGUAGUUCUAAAAAUGACACUAUUUUAUCAGAUAACAUAAACGAAGAAAUAUCAUAUUUUAUGAACUCAGAAAAUUCCAAUAAAAAUGACAUAAAAUAUUUUAAUAUUAAAGAAAAAAAUAACGAUUUUAGAUUGAUGGAUGAUUUAAAAAAAUUAUUUCAUAUUAAUUCGAAUUCUAUGAUUGUAAAUAAAAAAAUAAUUUUUUUGAAAGAUAUUAAAAUUAAGUAUGAUAAUAUAUUAAAUAAUCUAAAGAGUUUAGUUCAAAUAAUUUUUGAGAAAAUGUUUAUCUUUAAUGGGAAUAUUAUGAUAUAUAAAUAUAUAUAUUUAAAUUCAGGUGAUGUUUUAAAAGACGGAAACAACAAGAAACAAAAAUUUUCAUAUAGUAUGUUUUGGCACAUUGCAUAUAUUUUAAAAGAGCAUGUUACUUAUUUAGAAAAAAUAAAAAAUCAUAUUUUUUUUCAUUUCUUUAAAUUUUUAGUUUUAAUAUAUUGCAUUAUAAAGAAUCUGAAUGCAAAGGAAAUAUUAAAUAACUUUUACGAAGUAAAAAAUAUACAUUCUUUAAAAUAUGAAAAUAUAAAAAAUUUUGUUAAAUAUGCAAUCAGAAGAAAUAACUCGAAUUCGUUUUUAAAUAAUUCUUUUAAUUUUUUUGAAAAGUACAAAAAUUAUUUAUUUUAUAUAGAUGAUGGUAAAAUAAGUAAUGAUAAUUUAACAAAUGAACAGAAAGAAAAAGUAAAAGAUUUUUGUUUUACCAAUAUUAACUUAAUUGAUUAUAUAGUGGAUAAUGAAGAUCAUAUUUUUAUUGAUAUGGAAAGUUUUUUUAGUAAUAUUUUUUUAUUAAUGAAAAAUAUUAAAAAAAUACAUGAGAAGAGAAAAUAUUCCUAUAAGGAAGAGUAUUCAGAAAACGGAUAUUUAAAAAGAGAAGAUUUAAAAGUGAAAAAUGAUAUUAUUUUAGUUGAUGAUGCGUACAUAAGUGAGAAAAAUAAGGGGAAAAGUAUUUACCAAGACAGAGUAUCCUAUAAAAAUAAACAUUGUAAAAAUUAUAAUGACAAUAAUAAUAAUAAUUACUAUAAAAUUGAGAAUGAUUACGAAAAUAGUAAUACAAACGAUAAUAAUACAGAUAAUAUUGAUCAUAAUAAUAAUAAUGAUUCUGAAAAAUGUAAUGAAAGCUCAGAUUUCUUUUCCAUUUUUUCAAGAUCCCUCCUUGAUUUUUAUAAUUUUGUAGAAUUAUUAUUUGUUAUUAAUAAAGAUGAAAAAAAUAUUUUCGAUGUGAAUAUGAAGCAAAAUUUCUAUAGUGAUGAAUUCAUAAAUAUAUUUAAUUUUUAUUUUGAUGAUAGUAAGAAUGAAACAAAAAGUAAUUUUAUAUAUUUUAAUAAAUAUGAAUUUCAUGUGAAUGAUGAAGAAAAAUUAAGCAAUAUAAAAGAAAAAUUAAAGAAAAAAUAUCAAUGUAUAGAGGAAGAUAACGAAGAGGAGAAUGAAGAGAAUCAAUUAAAAAGUAAUAAAUUUUUUUCUUUUUAUAUAUUAAAUAAAGAAUUAAAUGAAAAUAUAUUUUCAUCUCUUCAUAAAAUGAAUUUAAAAAGAAAUAACUUAAGAAAUAUUCACAAUAUAUAUCAUAUAUAUAAGUGGAAGAAAGAAGAGAACAAGUUUCUACUUUUAAUAAAGAAUAUUUUUAAGAAUAAUUUUUUUUAUUAUCUUAAUCACACGUAUUUUAUAUUAAAUGAUAUAUUUAUGAAUAAAAAAAAUGAAUACAUUUUAAUAGAUGAAAAUAUAGAUGAUUAUAUAUUUAAUUAUUUUUUUGAUUUAUAUAAUUAUGAUUUAAAAAAUAUAAAAGAAAUAAAUUAUAAUAUAAUCUUGAAUUAUAUUGAAGAAAAACAAGAAGUAUUUCAAAAAAAUAUAAAGGAACAAAUAGAAAAAAAUAUUGUAGAAAGAAAUACUUUUAAAAGUAAUAUUGAAAAAAAAAAAGAAAAUAAAGUAAAUGAAAAUAAAAUUAUAUUUAAAAUUAAUGAAGGCAAUAUUAAUAAUGAGCCAUCAAUUAACACAGAAAAAUCUUCUUCACAUGAACAGGAAAAAAAAGAUAUAAACUUCUAUUCUAACAUAAAUAAUAUAAAUAUAAUUAUUAAACAUAGUAACUUAGACUUGAUACGAAUUCAUAAAAAUUUAAUAUAUAUAGUAUUUAAUAUAUAUAGUAUAGUUUUUUUAUCAUAUAAAAUUUUAUUUGAAAUUAAAAAAAAUAAAGAAGAAAAAAAUUUCCAAAACGAUGAAGAUAAAAAAAAUGCAAAACUAAAUUUUAAAGAUAAAAAACUUGAUAAAGAAAAAUUGAAAUAUAUUAUUAAUAUUAACAUGAUAUUAUUCUCUUAUAAAGUUAUUAAAUAUAUUUAUAAUAUAUUUUUAAGUUAUUCAUUUUUUAUUUUUCGGUUUACAUGUUUCAUGAACAUGAAAAAUGAUGAACAAAAAUUUUUGUUAAGUGUAAUUAAUGAUAAUAUCUUUUUAAAGAAAGUUUUAGAAAAUAUAAAUAAUGUUUAUUUGAAUUAUAAAGAUUUAUUUCAUUUUCAUAUAAAUGAAAAAGAUAUUAUUUUCGAAAAUUUUGAUUUACAAAGAAAUUAUAAAUUUAUUAAUGAAAAUAAGGGCACAUAUACUGAUGAUAGUGAUAUAAAUGACAAAGAUAUUUCCCUAUAUAAUAAAUCAGAUGAAAUCGAAUUAAAAAAUGAUCAUUUAAAAUACUCUUCAUACGAUAAAAAGGAACAUAAAAUAAUAAAAAGACAUAAUAAAGAACAUUUCAAAAUUUCAAAGAACAAAUUUUUCUUACUUAUAAAUAAAAUAAGUAUAUUAAAGAAAGUGCAUUUGUUUAUUGAUAAAUUCCACAUAAAUUUGAAUAGUUUCAAAAAAAUACUUCUAAAAAAUUAUAAACAAAACUUUUCUGUUCUUUUAAAAAAAGAUAUUAUUUUUAUAGAAGAAAAUUUUUUAAUUAAUGCAUCUAAAAUAGUUAAUAUAAUUUUUGAAUUUUUUCAAAUUCAGGAUUUAUCUAAAUCUACUCAUAAAGAAAUUGUUUUAUCUAUGAUAGAUUAUUUCUUUUAUCUAAUAAAUGAGCAAAUUUACAAUUUUGUUUUUCAAAAAAUAAAUAUUGAUGAAAAUGAAAGAAUUUAUUUGUAUGAAAAAUUUGUUUUAAUUCCAAAUAGUCUAUUUUUUAUUUUGAAAAAUUACAAAGAAUACAAACUUGAAGAGAAAAAUACGUUUCCAUAUGAAGAAAAUUAUUUUUUAAAAAAUGUUGAUGAAAUGUUUUUGAAUUUGACUAACUUGAAAAAAAAUAAAAUCUUAUUUUUAUUACUAUUUUGCAAGGUCAAAUAUAUACUAAACUCAAAGAAGACAAUUUUAGAGUUUUUUGAAAAUAAAAAUAUUGAAAUAUUUUUAUUAAAUAAUCCUCAUGCUCAUGAUGAUGAAAAUUUGGAUGCUAUAUUGAAUGAAUUUAAAUAA